AUUUAAUUUUAGUUUUUCCAACGAAAGUCAAUUUAGUGUAUUACAUGGAAGUGACAUUUCUUUAACUAUUAUCAACAUCCACUAAAUCUUAAUAAAUUGGGAAAAGAAGCAAUACACUUCCAACUAUUUAUUCCCUUUGGUAAAACCUUUUGAAAAGAAACUAUUCCCCUUACAGGUUUAAAAUAUAUAUUAUGUCACAAGCUUAAAAGAAACUAAUAUGAAACUUGAAAGUACCUAAAAGAGCAAAAAAACAAAAAAACAAAAGAGAAACUAUAAAAAGAGAAUUAUCUUCAAAAAAAAACUAUAAAAAGAGAAUCGCAAUAAUAAAAAUGGUAUUUAAAAUUAAGAAAGUUGCAUUUUGAUUUGAUGUGGUUAGUUAGCCGGCGGAGGAGUUCAGAUUGGGCCAAAACUCUCCACGUGGUUGAGCAUUUGUGAGCAUGAUGUGCCACGUGGAUUCAUAUAACCAAUGAUUAACGUGGAAGACAUUAAAUGCUUCUAUUAGGUUAGUAAUAAUAACGAACCAGUGGGAUUAAUUAUAAGUGGAUAACAUUUAGUUAGCAAGAAAAACAAAACACAAUUAAAUUGCAAUAACAUAGAAAACUAUUUGAAUAGAUGUAUAUGUAAUAUGUAUAGUGGAGAAGUUGAGAAUCUAUAAAGAAAAAAACAAACAAAGAGUAUGUUUAUUGUAAGUCUCUUAAAAGUUAAGAGAUCAUAUCUUGUAUUAUGAUGAGAAAUCUAAUCUAAAAGACCUACAAUAAAUAUGAUCUGAAAGUAUUUUUAUCGCAGGGGUUGACGGAAGGUUUUUAGUGUAAACCUCACAAAAAAAGCAAAAAAACCGUUGCUUAAAGCCCCCAAAUAAGCAACAAUUUAAAUGGGUUUCUUGCACUAUUUUCGGAUUCCACUGACACGUGACGGUUCGCGAUUGAUUCACUUUUUAAUUUUUAAUUUUUUCUAAUUAGACAAAAGAAAGGAAAAUAAGAAUUCCAAAUGGGUUUGAUGAGAUAAAGAUGCUCUAAGAAACUAUUAUAUAUGUCAAUACAAUCCCUUCUAAAGGGUUAGUUAUUUCUUCAUAUGUUUCGACGCAUUGGAUUAUACAUUUAAUAACCAACAAAAUUUAUACUAUUUUUCUUCUAACAUACAUGUAUACCUCAGUUUAUUUAGCGCAAUCACCGAAGAAAAGAAUAUUUCAAAAUCCGUUCCCAUGAUCCCAUCAACAUAACAAAACAUCUAAAUAUAUAACAAGCACGAGUAAAAAGUACUACUACGUUAUAUGAGUACCAUUAUUACCAUAUGUAGUAUGUACUAUGCCAUGCAUAUAUAAACCUAUCAUACGUACUAUUUAAACUCGUCAAAUUUGCGGAAGUAUAAUACGGACUGGACCAAACGAUCAGUAAACACACCUAUCACUCAUUAUCUUUUGGUCCAGACUUCAAUUUAUUACUCUUUCACAUCAGUAAAUUUCAAGUAAAUUUUAUAAUUAAAAUAGACGGGAAUCAACAUCAAGAACCAGUAAUCAGAUUGCGGGGUGAUCAAUUAAAUUAUCAGCAAAAAAAUGUAAACAAAGACGGCAAAUAUAUGAUUAAUGAUUUUUGUGAGAUACUAUUUUCUAAGUUACACAUAAUACAACAAGAGAAUCGAAUAAUUCUAUUGAAAAAGGUGUAAAUAAUGUUUAUGUAUUUCACAUUUCAAGCAAAAGCAUAUGACAAAAGUUAGGUCCUAAAUAAACUAUUGCGUACAAAUUAUUCUCAGUGAUAAAAAUAACCAGUCCUAAGAAGACGCAAACCACAUGCAUCCUCCUAAUAACUGGACUCCUAUAAAUACACACAUCUUCUCCCUCCAAAUCCAAACCAACAGAUCUCAUUUAACAUACAACAACAACAAAAACAUUCAACUUCACUACCUAUACUCUCAAAUUGAUCAAAAAACCCACCCCAAACAUACUUAUCAAACCCACUUCAAAAAAUGGAGAAUAAUAUGUUUAGCCUAAUGGCAAGUGAAGAAUAUUCAUCAGACCGUCGGUGUAUUUGGGUCAACGGUCCGGUUAUCGUCGGUGCCGGUCCGUCCGGUUUAGCAACAGCAGCUUGUGUACGUGAUGAAGGAGUCCCAUUCGUCGUGGUCGAAAGAUCAGACUGCAUAGCUUCACUAUGGCAAAAAAGAACAUACGACAGACUCAAGCUUCACUUGCCCAAGAAGUUUUGCCAAUUACCAAAAAUGCCCUUCCCUGAUCACUACCCUGAAUACCCAACAAAACGACAGUUCAUCGACUACCUUGAGUCCUACGCAAGUCAUUUCAAGAUUAAACCGGAGUUUAAUAAAUCAGUCGAGUCUGCUCGGUUUGAUGAAACCAGCGGGUUGUGGAGGGUUAGGACGACUUCUGCCGGAGAGGAGAUGGAGUAUAUUUGCCGGUGGUUGGUGGUGGCGACGGGAGAAAACGCCGAACAAGUUGUGCCGGAGAUUAACGGGCUUAAGACGGAGUUCAACGGAGAAGUGAUCCACGCUUGUGAGUAUAAGUCCGGCGAGAAGUUUAGAGGGAAAAGAGUUCUUGUCGUGGGAUGUGGAAACUCAGGCAUGGAAGUGUCUCUUGAUCUUGCUAAUCACAAUGCUAUUACUUCCAUGGUCGUUCGUAGCUCGGUUCAUGUGUUGCCGAGAGAAAUAAUGGGGAAAUCAACAUUUGGAAUCUCAGUGAUGUUAAUGAAGUGGCUACCUCUAUGGCUAGUAGACAAGCUUAUACUGAGCUUAUCAUGGCUGGUUCUUGGAAGCUUAUCAAACUACGGGCUUAAGAGGCCCAACAUAGGCCCAAUGGAGCUGAAAAGCAAGACGGGAAAGACGCCGGUUCUCGACAUCGGUGCACUGGAGAAGAUAAAGUCCGGCGACGUAGAAAUCGUCCCUGCGAUCAAACGGUUCUCACGAAGCCACGUGGAGCUCGUAGAUGGACGAAAGUUAGAUGUUGAUGCGGUGGUUCUAGCCACCGGUUAUCGCAGCAACGUCCCUUCUUGGCUUCAUGAAAGUGAGUUCUUUUCGAAGAACGGGUUCCCGAAGUCACCAUUUCCACAAGCUUGGAAAGGGAAGUCGGGUUUAUAUGCGGCUGGAUUCACGAGGAAAGGGCUGGCCGGAGCAUCUGCGGAUGCUGUUAACAUAGCUCAAGAUAUUGGUAAUGUGUGGAGAGAAGAGACUAAGCGACAGAAGAUGAGAAGAAAUGUAGGUCACCGCAGAUGUAUCUCAGUUGCUUGAGCUUCAAGUUACUAUGCUUAUUUGUAAAAAAGAAAGAUACUAAAAUGAAAGAUAGAGUCAAGAGAGCACUCUACUGAAGUCCCUGACAGUGUUUUGUAAUUAUACAGCUGUAUGGACGUUUUGUAUAAUUAGGAUGACAUGGCUUUUAAACAUAUACUUCAUUUUGUAAUAGGUUUUCGCAGUGGUCUAUAAAUUAGUGUAAUCAAACCUAAACAAAACGAUUUUUUUCAGAAUGAUUAUUUCUAAAAGUCGGUUUACACACUUAAGAAAUCGGUCUAAUUACCCGUCUAAUCAAUAAUUUUAUAUAAAGCGCCUAACUAGCAUUGUUGUGAUCUUAUAAAGUAUCUUCUUUAGUAGUUGACAAUGAUGAAAGUCACAAAAAAAAAACAUAAUGAUAACUUCAAACAAGAUUCAGCCUAAAGCAAGUUCAGCA